AUGCUGACACUGCUAUCAAAUGUGAGAAUGGAAAUUGAUUUGGAACGACCGUACUAUUUGGAACGCUUGUAUGAAAUUGAUCAGAGUGAGAACAUAGCUUUCAAUUUGAAUUUACAACAUGUUAGACUAUUCAACGAAGCGCUUUAUCGAAAAAUUGUGUGUUAUCCAUCGGACAUUAUACCGUAUCUUGAUCUGACGAUAAAUGAAAUAUUUUCCGAGAAAUAUCAAAAGGUAUUAUAUGCUCCAAUUGAAGUUCGGCCAUUUAAUGCACAGAAAACGCGUAACAUGCGUGCACUUAAUCCACAGGAUAUCGAUCAAUUAAUCACUAUUAGUGGUAUGGUUAUACGAACUUCACCAUUGAUCCCUGAGAUGAGACAAGCAUAUUUCCGAUGCACUGUUUGCAAUUUUCCGGUUGAUGUUGAAGUAGAUCGUGGUCGAAUUGAAGAACCAGCCGUGUGUCAUAACUGUCAGUCGAAAUAUUCUUUCCAGCUUAUCCACAAUCGUUCUCUUUUUAUGGAUAAGCAAAUAAUUAAACUGCAAGAAUCUCCAGAUGAUAUGCCUGCCGGCCAAACGCCAUAUACAGUAACAUUGCUUGCACACGGUGAUAUGGUAGAGCGUGUUCAACCCGGUGAUCGUGUAGCUGUAACAGGGAUUUACCGUGCCGUACCAGCACGUAUAAAUCCACGCAUGCGAAACGUUAAUUCCGUUUACCGUACCAGCAUCGAUGUAUUACACUUUCGAAAGACUGAUCAGAGUCGAUUACAUCAAAUCGAUGACGGAACUCAUUUAACGGAUGAAAGAGUUUCCAUGAUCAUGAAUUUGGCGAAGCGAGCCGAUAUUGUUAAUCGAUUGACAAAUGCUGUGGCUCCUUCAAUCUACGGCCAUGAGGAUAUUAAACGAGGCAUUCUUUGUUUAUUGUUCGGUGGUACCAACAAGGAAGAUAGAACAGGUAACAAAAUUAAGCUACGAAGUGAAAUAAACAUAUUGCUCUGCGGAGAUCCUGGCACCAGUAAAAGUCAGCUUUUACAAUAUGUGUAUCGACUUGUGCCGCGCGCACAGUACACAUCAGGAAAGGGGUCUUCUGCGGUUGGGUUAACAGCGUCUGUUGCCCGUGAUCCUGACACACGUCAUCUUGUUCUACAAACCGGUGCACUUGUUUUGGCAGACAAUGGAGUAUGUUGUAUAGACGAGUUUGAUAAAAUGAAUGACAGUACGCGCUCAGUUUUGCAUGAAGUAAUGGAGCAGCAAACUCUUUCGAUAGCCAAAGCUGGCAUUAUUUGCCAGUUAAACGCGCGAACUUCAAUUUUGGCUGCAGCAAAUCCCAUAGACUCACAGUGGAACCGGAAUAAGACUAUCGUUGAUAAUAUUAAACUGCCUCAUACCUUGCUCUCCAGAUUUGAUUUGAUUUUUCUUUUGGUUGAUUCCCAAAAUGAAUUGUAUGAUCGACGUCUAGCCAAUCAUUUGGUUUCAUUGUACUACCGAGAAACCGACAAUGAUGACUGUGAACUGCUGGAUUUAGCUCUUUUACGUGAUUACAUCGGAUAUGCUCGAUCUUAUGUUAAUCCAAUGUUGGAUGAAGCAUCUUCGCGAUGCCUUAUUGAUAAAUAUCUCCAAAUGCGAAAAGCUGGAUCUGGUUUUGGACAAAUUUCUGCUUAUCCUCGACAACUCGAAUCACUAAUCCGUUUAGCUGAAGCUCAUGCAAAGAUAAAAUUGAGUAGUAUGGUAUCAGUACAAGAUGUUGAAGAUGCAUACAGGCGAAUUAUUUUUGAUUUGAAACGAAUUCUUGGUUUUAGACUGAAUUUAUAUCGCGAAGCUCUCAAACAGUCAGCAGUAGAUCCAUCUACUGGUCGGGUUGAUAUCAACAUUUUAGCUGCUGGAAUCAGCGCAACAACUAAACAAAUCAUUGAUCAACUGGCUGAAGCAAUUCUUGGUGAACUUUCACAACGACAUGGAAUUUUGAUUUCGCUAAAACAGUUAAUGCAGCAAUUGCGUCAAAAUGACCUGUCCUUUACAAGAGAAUUAUUCGAUGAGGCGGUCAACAACUUGAUGAGAAACGAACUUUUGGUUCGAACUGGUGACAAAAUACGAUAUGUUCCUGCAACCUGA